AUGUCGCAUCAUCUGCCGCUGCUCCCCGGAAUGGCGGACGACGGGCCGCUGGGCGUGGCGGGCGCGUAUGACGACGCGCUGAUGGCGUCGGCGGCGGACCGCCAGUCGCACUGGGGCUUCCACGAGACCAAGGAGCUGAUCGCGCUGCGCGGCGAGAUGGAGCGCGAUUUCGUGCCGGGGCGCACGAGCAACCACGUGUGGGAGACCAUCUCGUCGCGCAUGAAGGAGAAGGGGUACCGCCGCACGCCCAACCAGUGCAAGUGCAAGUGGAAAGUGCUCGUCAACCGCUACAAGAACAAGGAGCUCUCGGCGGACGGCUCGCGCUCGUGCCCGUUCUUCGAUGAGCUAGACGCGAUUUUCAAGCAGCGCGCGCGCAACAUGGACCGCCUGCUCGUGCAGGCGGAGGGCGGCGGCACGCCCGGCGGAAUCGGCGCCAGCGGCGGCAUCGGCAGCGGAUUCUCCGCAGGAGGCGGCGGGGCCGGAGCAGUCGGAGGCGCCCUGGGCAUGCGCGGAAGCUUCGGCGGCGGGUUGGGCGCGCGGGGAGGGGCGGGGGGCGUGGGAGGGAGCUUGCUCAGCCGGCGGGCGCGAGACGAGGAAGAGGAGGAGGAGGAAGACGAGGAGGAGGGGGAGGACGAACUAGAGGGCGAGUUAAACGUGCUGCGCAACAAGAGGCGCAAGCGCGACUUCAACGCUGGCGCGCGCAAGGCCGCCACGGGGGCCUACGGCGCGGGCUCCCCCGCCAUGGGGAAGGGCGCGUCCGCUGGCGUAGGGGGCAGCGCGGGCGGAGACGCGUUUGAUGGCAUGGGCGGGGGGGGGGAACGGUGGGGGGGACAGGCGCGCGGUGCUGGAGAGGCAGCGCGCGGGGAGCAUGCAGGAGGUGCUGGAGCAGUUCUUCGUGCAGCAGCUGCGCCUGGAGCAGGAGUGGCGCGAAGCGAUAGAAAGGCGUGA